UUUCAAGAAUGAUGAUGAAACCUGCAAUAUCACUCAUGGUUUCAUGUGCUUUCAUGUUUCUUGUUUUGAGCUAUAUUCAACAAGACGUGGAAGCAGCGAACAAGAAGAGGUGUCACAUAAAUCAAAUGUACACAGGGGAAUGCGGCAAGGAUGGAAACAAGGCGUGCUUAGGCGAUUUCAAAAACAAGAAGUUUAAAUAUGAUCUUUGCCAAUGUACUGACGCUUUCCGUUAUUCACCUGAGUUACCUCCUCAGCGUCUUUGCAAUUGCAGUCGUCCUUGCUAGAUUUUUUUAUGUUGUUAUCUUA